CAGGGCUAAGACAUGAGGAAGGACCUCGUCGGGCUUGAGCCCGCUGUACUCCUCCAGCAGGGACUGCGCGGCGGGGUCGAUGGCCGUGACGCUGGUUUGGUACCAGCCUGGUCUGGUGGUGGUUGCGGUGUGGUCGGUGUCGGUGGUGGUGGACAUGGUGGCUGGUCUUGGCUGAUGGAUGGAUGGGCUAGAGAAAUGAACCAGGACAGGAGUUAAAUUGUGUAUUUUCCGGCUACAUAUUGCCAAGGGAAGGAUGCUCCUGAAUCAAAAACCAAAC